UAUAUUUUGGUUAUUUUAGUAUUAUUUUUUUGCCCUAGAUACAGAGAUGCAUUAGUUAUUCUCUUCUAUUAUCUCCCGCUCUCAGUCUCACUACUCCUCUUUCUCUCUCCCUCGCACACACACUGCAAAUUACGAACACUGGAACAGAACCCUCACUCGCUACCCAUCCAACUUUGUUUUCCUCUGUUUGGCAAUUUUGCUGGAUUUGUCGGAUCGCUUCAAUUUUACUAUCAAUUUCAUUGUUAGGGUUUCUAUGACUUUACUCCUCCAAGAUGUCACCAUUUGCUUUUUCAUAAAUCCAAGACUCUAAAUUGAAGGCGAACUCAGGUUUUCUGCGUUCUCUCUAUCUAAGUUUCAAAUUCAAUUGGCAUGUCUGUGAUGUAAGGAAUCUCUAUUUAUAAAAGGAAAAUCGAAGUGACUUGCUUGCUACAGGAUCUAGACCUUCAAAGGCGUCUCUGGAGUAUUCUUCCUGCAAAAAGCUUCUCUGGAGUUUUCUGCAGAUUGAUGCUCAAAUUGCCAGAUGGACCUAACAGAGAUCAAACUUUGAGGGUUAUUCGUAAGAAUCUAUGUGAUUGCAGCAAAUAGUCCCAUACAAGUAACUUGGAGAAAGAACAACGUACACCUUUUGAAUGAGAAAGAGUGAUCUUGCUUAUGGCAAAAUGAGUGGAAGUGGCCGAAGACGCAGUUCUAAGUGGGAUUUGAAGGAAGAAUCUCGUAUCUUGUUUGACAGCACACAUGAGAAAGGAUGGUCUGGGAAAGCAGGUUUAUCUUUUCAUGACAAAGAAUCACAACGCGGCUGGCUUUCUCCUGAAACAGCUGGUGGCAAUCGGCCCAAGUGGUCUGUUCUGGAGCCUUUAUCUGGAAGAAGAGGGUCUCGCAGGGAUGAUAGCAUUGAUGAAGACCAUAACAGAAGUUUAAAAGCAAUGCCCGCAUGGGAGGGAGAAGAAAAUUAUGGGACAAGAAUGUCUCCUGGUCUCGAUGAAUGGAGACAUCAAAGCCGUCGCAACUCACCUAGAAAUGAAUGGAAAAGAUCUAGAAGAAGCAGAAGCCGGAGCCAAAGCCGGAGCAGGAGUAGAAGCCCGGACCGUGGCUUUGGGCGAGAACCUGGACUGUAUGACAGAAGCAGAAGCAGAUCAGCUGUAUCUUCUCAAAUAUGUAAAGAUUUUGCUGCUGGGAGAUGCAGGAGAGGUAAUCACUGUCAAUUUCUUCACCAAGGUACUCAGACUUAUGAGGAUGAUUGGGAAAGACACAGGAAAACUGCAACUUCACAGUACCCCAUCCCCCAUGAUUCUAGAGAGUACCCCACUGGGAGUGGAAGAUCUACUGAUAGUUGUAGUGACUUUCUUAAGGGUAACUGUAGGAGGGGUGCAUCUUGCAGGUUUGCCCAUCAUGGUGCAACCCAUGCGGCUGGUAAGGGGUCUUCUAAUGAGGUAACUAGAGAAAGAAACAGUGACAGAAGGCAUAGAGAUGCAUCUCCAGAGAGACAUGGUGACCGUGAAAUUCGCCGACCGGCUGAUGUUCCCUGCAAAUUUUUUGCUGCAGGUAAUUGUAGGAAUGGGAAAUAUUGCAGGUUUUCUCAUCAGGGUCAAGCUCUGUUGAGUCCUGAAAGGUCUCGCGAUGGCAGGUUUUCACAUGAUCAAAAUGCUGAUGAUAUAGAAAAAGUGUGGAAUGGUCCAAAAUGGAGCAGUACAAGUACUACGGAUGCUGUGAAGUUGAAUGAGGAUAAAAAUGGAACAGUCGGUGAACUUGAUCAUAGGGCCACGGCACGGUCUGUUGAUGAUAGAUGGGGUCAUUGUUUGGAGGAAGAUAAGACACUUCGUGAAUCAUUAAUUGAUCAUAAAAUGCCCGAGAGUGACAAAAAGGAGACCCUUUUGUGGAAGACAGAAAAUGCUGGUGAUAAGAUACUUGGUUCUGAACAAAGAGCUGGUGAGAAUUGGCUUGGUGACAUGGAUAUGUCUCCUGAAUGGAAUUACAAGGUCCAACCUUCCAAUCAUAUUGAUAAACAAGAGUGUGUUUCUUUGACCAGUUGUGAUCCCAUUAUAACUCAAGAAGCUUCAGGUCAAGUGCAUAAUGCCACUGCUGUUAUGCCAUCAAUAAUAAAUGAAGCAUCUACCAAACCACCGGAGUACAGUUCAAGGGAUGUCAGUACUAGUGCUCUGCCCCAUGAUGACAAGAAUCUGACUGGGAAAGCUGCCAGUUCUCAUGGUGGUAUUUUUUCAAAUAUGGUUUCAGCUCCUAGCUUCAAUCAGAACAGCCUGAAUUCAAGUGCUGUACCUCUUCCGGGGAUAAACAUGGGUGGACAAGGUCAAGUAACAAUCCUGACUUCAGGAGGAAGAGGUUUUAUAAAUCCUCAAAGUCAGACAUUAUUUCAGGAGGGAAAUACAUUGAACAGGCCAGAUGUUGGGGAAGCAAAUGUAUCCCAAGUGAAUCCUGGAGUCCCAAUUACUCAGAACAUGGUAAGCAGUGAGCAACUCACUCAGCUUACAAGCAUCUCAGCCUCUCUAGCUCAGUUACUUGCAAAUGGACAGCAGCUUCCACAACUUUACGCUGCUCAUACUUCUCAUGCCCAUAAUAGUACAGAAACACCAUCAUUUGCCAACUCUGAGGGGCCUGUUAAAGCAAAUUCUGCUGUGACCAUACAAUUAAAUGAGACUGUAGGGAAGCAGAAGCAGUGUGAUCCUUUAUCUGAUGGCAUUGAGCCUGAGAAGCAUGAUCUCAAUGUUAAUGAUCCCUCAGGUCUUUCGCCUGACGUCAUUGGACAGAAAAACUUUAUAAAUGGAAAACUGGAAAUGUCAUCCAAAAGCGUACCGCCUUCAUCUCUUGCUGGUGCACCAAAGACUGGUGACUACAAUAAGUUCUGCAGUUUGGAAGAACCUAACAACAAAGGUUACCAUUUAAAUCAGCUGGAACCAGGUGCAGUCUCCAAAGAAACCAAGGAAAACAAUAGGGUGGUGACUGAGGAAAGCGGAAAAGUAGAGGACAAGGCUGUACAAGAAAAUGAUCUUCUGGAGAACGUUGAUGGAGAUGGCAAGAUUGAUGAGGGCAAAAAAGGCAAAGAUGUUAAGGGGAUCCGUGCAUUUAAAUUUGCACUUGUAGAGUUUGUUAAGGAUCUUUUGAAACCCGCAUGGAAGGAAGGUCAAAUGAGCAAAGAUGCAUACAAAAACAUUGUGAAGAAAGUUGUAGACAAAGUUACUGGCACAAUGCAGGGAGCUAGUAUUCCUCAAACGCAAGAAAAAAUUCAACAAUAUCUUUCAUUUUCAAAGCCAAAGCUGACCAAACUUGUACAGGCAUAUGUGGAGAAACUUCAGAAGGACAAAUGAAACAAGGCCCCUCCUCUGUUUUCUAUUUUAUAUAUAUUGUAUCUUGUGUUACAUAGCAAGGUCAUAAUAUAUCUUGUGAAUUUAUUAUGAUAAUGCAGUGUCUAGAGCGAGAACUUUCCUUGUUUGUAUCUGAGUUAGAAUCAAGAUUGGCUAACCUUUUAGCUUCAACCUGCAGAUUAACCAUAGCUCUCUGUUUGGAAGUUUAUGUUGCCACUUCCUUGUGGGUCUUUUUAAUGGCACCCAGUAAUGGCUUCUUCAACUUUCAGAUUUUGAGUCUUUUUAGGACACAAUUUGCAUUGCAUGAUUUUGUUUUAGCACAUUUUUCCUCUUACCCUGUAUAUUAUCUUUUUAUUUUAUUUUUUAGUACUAUGUUUAACU